CACCGGGGAGGGGCAAGCAGCGACGCCCAGGGGAGCAGAGAGCAGCUGGAGCGGAGGCGCAGCAGCAGCUUUGCCCGUCGAAGCGAGAGGACGCGCCGCUGAGGUCUCUUUAAAGAAAGAACAUCCUUAGGCUGUUGCAUGAAUAUUGGCUUUUGGACCUUCAGGAAUACUUCCAAGAACCAGAAAUGCCAAAACCAGUCAACGUUCGAGUUACCACUGUGGAUGCAGAGUUGGAGUUUGCCAUCCAGCCUAACACUACAGGCAAACAACUGUUUGACCAGGUGGUUAAGACUAUAGGAUUGCGUGAAGUGUGGUACUUUGGUCUUCAGUACGUGGAUAAUAAAGGAUUCCCAACCUGGCUGAAGCUUGACAAAAAGGUUUCUGCUCAAGAGGUCAAGAAAGAGAAUCCUCUGCAGUUCAAAUUCCGUGCCAAGUUUUUCCCUGAGGAUGUUUCUGAGGAGCUUAUCCAGGACAUCACACAAAAGCUGUUCUUCCUGCAAGUGAAGGAAGGAAUCCUUAGUGAUGAGAUCUACUGCCCACCUGAAACUGCAGUCCUCCUUGGGUCUUAUGCUGUGCAAGCCAAAUUUGGUGACUAUAAUAAAGAAUUACACAAGCUUGGAUACCUCAGUUCUGAACGUCUGGUCCCUCAACGAGUUAUGGACCAACAUAAGCUAUCUAGAGAACAGUGGGAAGAACGGAUUCAGGUCUGGCAUGCUGAACAUGGCGGAAUGCUCAAAGAGAAUGCCAUGCUGGAAUACCUGAAGAUUGCUCAGGACCUGGAGAUGUAUGGAAUAAAUUACUUUGAAAUCAAGAAUAAGAAAGGGACAGAUCUCUGGCUGGGAGUAGAUGCACUUGGACUGAACAUUUAUGAGAAGGAUGACAAAUUAACCCCUAAGAUUGGUUUUCCAUGGAGCGAGAUCAGAAACAUCUCUUUCAAUGACAAGAAGUUUGUUAUAAAACCAAUUGACAAGAAAGCACCAGACUUUGUUUUUUAUGCUCCCCGUCUAAGAAUUAACAAGAGGAUUCUGCAGCUGUGUAUGGGAAAUCAUGAGCUGUACAUGCGCCGCAGGAAACCUGACACCAUUGAGGUCCAACAGAUGAAAGCCCAGGCCCGUGAAGAGAAGCAGCAAAAACAGCUAGAAAGACAACAGUUAGAAAAUGAAAAGAAGAAGAGAGAGACAAUUGAGAAGGAGAAGGAGCAGAUGUUAAGGGAGAAAGAAGAGCUGAUGGUGAGACUGCAGGAGUAUGAACUGAAGACACAGAAAGCAGAAAAAGAGCUCACAGACCAAAUCCAAAAAGCCAGACAACUGGAGGAUGAAAGGAGAAGGGCUCAGGAAGAAGCCGAGCGCCUAGAGAAUGAGCGUUUGAGUGCUCUGCAAGCCAAGGAAGAACUGGAGAGGCAAGCUGCUGACCAGAUGAAGAGCCAGGAGCAGCUGGCCACAGAGCUUGCAGAAUACACAGCUAGGAUUGCACUUCUGGAAGAGGCAAGGAAACGCAAAGAGAAUGAGGUGGAAGAGUGGCAGCACAGGGCUAAAGAAGCCCAAGAUGAUCUUGUAAAAACAAAAGAGGAGCUACACAUGGUGAUGACUGCUCCACCUCCUCCUCCCCCACCUGUGUAUGAGCCAGUGAACUAUCAUGUCCAUGAUAACUUUCAAGAUGAAGGAACAGAGUCUUCUGGCUACAGUGCAGAAUUUUCAAGCGAAGGCAUAUUGGAUGAUCGUAAUGAAGAGAAGCGUAUUACUGAAGCAGAAAAGAAUGAGCGUGUGCAAAGGCAGCUGAAGACGCUCACUGAUGAACUAGCACAGGCCAGAGAUGAGAACAAGAAGACCCAAAACGACCUCAUCCACACAGAAAACAUGCGGCAAGGACGUGACAAGUACAAGACACUGAGGCAGAUCCGACAAGGCAACACCAAGCAGAGAAUUGAUGAGUUUGAGGCUAUGUAAAUGCACCAACAUAAGACUCUGGGAAAGGCAGAUUUUGAAUGCUGACUUUUCUUCCUGAAGGGUCACUGAGCGGUCAUACCAAAAAAAAAAAAAAGUCCCCAAACCCUCACACUAUCAGUUGCUACCUAUUGACUGUAUAAGGAUAGCUGCCACAGUCAAAUCUUAGUAAUAUUUGGUCAUAUUCUAGUGCCAAAAGGCUUCUGAAAAUUGCCGUCCCCCCACCCUCCAUAUGUUGAUAGUAUGCUGCUGCUUGAGUAUAGAUAUCUCUAUUGUGGCAGAUAUUCUGGCGGGGGGAGAGCCCACUAUUAGUAUGUUGUGCCAUGUUCCUUGCUUUUAAACACCACAUGUAAUUCAAGGUUGUAAAGAUCUCCCAAGUUGUCAACUUCUCUUCCCCUUUCCCACUUGUUACUCCUGCAGAAAUGUCCUAACAGUGUCAUAGAAACCUCCUCUUAAGUGUAAGUCUGAGGAAACUUUUUAAUUGCACUGUUGAAUUGGAGAACUUCCCACAGUGAUCACUCAGAAGAACUGCGUCACAGGCACACUUGGAUGCCUUCUUGCAUAAGAUAUAGUCAGGGAUAUUGUUGGCCUUCAAUGUUAUUGAAGUGUGGUACUCCAGCUUAACCAAUCAGCUGUAGUGUAGUAUUUAUAUAUACCUAUGUUAAAGAUAUAAGUGACAAAAUAUAAUUCUAGUUUGAAAAGGGAGGAUAAAAGUUUUUUGCUUUGUAUAUUUUGUUACUACUUUCAAACUUAAUAUGGAAAAGGAUAACCUGUAAAGAAAAUCUCCUAGUCUCUGGGGUGAGGCAGUGUAGGAAACUGAUUGUGAUCUAGAACACAUUUGUAAAGAUUUUUUUUUUACUUCAAAGAAAAUUGUGAUACAUUCCUAUGAUUCAGUAUAUACAAUUUCACUAUACCUAUUUUUUUCUAACAAAUUUUCUAAUUUUUUAAAAAAUGAUAUAGUUUCAGACUCCAACCAUGAAGGGAUUUUGUCAGCUUUUUAUUUUCUCUGUUGAAGAGAUUGUCUAUGGAUUUCCUCUUCCAUCAUGCCCAUGUGAACCUUCACCCCAAAAAAUAAUCCCAUCUCAGGCUUUGGAAAUCUGCUAGAAUGUCAGAGUACAGUAUGUUGUUAGCUCUUCCUAUGCUGCUUUGUACUCAAGUUUGAACCUUUGUAUCCUGAUACAGUAUUGUGGAAUUUGUGUUUGUGCAAUUUACCCACAAAUAAAUUAAAAAAUCUGCAAGGCAA